CCCCCUUUGAAGAAGAGUUCGAAGUUUGAACAGCCACUAUGCCUCAUCAGGCUCAUGCAUGGGGCAGUACGGGUGAUACCAUGUGCACUUUGUUUAGAGGCGGCGCUGUUAUGCAGCAGCCUGAGCAGGCUGAGCAGCAGAGUUUGCAGUGUGCGAGAGACUGUAAUCUGUGAACGUUUGGCAUCAUUGUGGUGCUUCACGCCGAUGGUGGUGGCGCUGCCUGGGGUGCUCUGCUGAAGAGAAGGCUGCACUGUUCUAGAAGGCUCCUAGACAUGGCAACCAGCUUCGCUGCUCGCCUGGGAAAUGGCGCUCAUUGCCCCAUUGCACUGAACCCUUCUCAGAGUCCAAUGCUGGACUGCAAUCCUACGAUUGCGAAUCUUUCCCCUUUCAGAACGCCCCUGCCAGCUCCGAGCUUGAAAGUUGGUCGUCGCCUCUCAGCCCAGCCUGCUAAGUAUGCGCGCGGAGGACCAGGCAGAAAACCGGUUGGAGUAAAUGCUCGGAGGCAUGGGGGAUGCAGUACUAUAUGUGCCUUUGAAGGCUCUUUUGCAGAACGACCUCUGGCAGCAGAAGCGCGCCGGCUGCAGGAGAGUGACCCAGAGGCAAAGCACGAGGUUCAGGCCACAAAGCCAAUCCAGCUGUACGGCCGGCCGACUGAGUGGCCAGAUUAUGGGAUUGGGCCCAGGCAGCAGAAGCGGGAGCUGCUGGAGCGACUGCGGCGAGAGGGGUAUUUUGUGUCGGACAGGGUAGAAAAGGCAAUGCAUGACAUUGACCGGGGGGCUUUCAUGCCGGAGACCGCCACCAUUGGGCGGUACUCCAAUCUGGUGGUGGAGCUGGGCUACAACACGUUUAUGCACAAGCCAAGCUAUCAUGCAAAAGUCCUGGAAACGCUAGAGCCCUACUUGCAACCUGGGGCGCGCGUGCUCGAAGUAGGCUCCGGUUCUGGCUACCUGACCGCUUGCAUGGCACUCCUGGUGGGCGAGAGAGGGAAAGCGGUGGCCCUGGACCACAUUCCGGAGCUCAUCUACGCCAUGCGGAAGAGUGUUCAGCAGACGCCUGCGCAGAAGCUCGUUGACGCGGGCGCGCUGUCUUUCGUGGUCGGGGACGGGCGGGCGGGGGCGCCGGAGUUUGCACCUUACGAUGUGGUGAUACUGCUAGAGUACUCGCCGCGGUUAACCUUACCGGUUUACACCCAAGUCAAGGAGGACGGCAUCCUGCUCACCUAUGCUAUAAACCCUGGCGAGAUUGAGUUCGAGCAGAAGCUGAUGCGGAGACGGCGAACAGGGGAGGUGGACGAAGUGGGUCGCGUCGUGGGUUCAGGUGACUGCUCUUUCGAAGCAUUGCAAGUAGUGCAUGUCAACCAGGAGGGCUACUCUCCAAUGCUGACGAAAGCAGCUCAGAGAGGCGCUGGAUUUGUGUACCGUUGAACACUUCAGAUUCCGUUGAACUGCCUUUUUAACUCUGUCACAUAUCAAAGUGACCGUGUCACUUCGACGAAAAUUGGUCACGGUGAAAGUGAAGCAGUAGAUCAGCUGUCGCUAGCCGAUCAAUACUGCCACUUUUACACCGCAAUUGCUGC